AUGAAAAGCAGUACUUGGAGUGACAGAACGAGGGAGCUUCUGCAUGUCAUUGCCGACCCUUUUUUACAAGAUCAUAACAAAACUUGUUUAAAUGAAGAUGUUAAGCCAGACUAUUUUUUGAAUGAACCCGAGAACAAGAUCGAUGCGUAUCUCAAAAGCACGAUAAUAAAGGCAAUGGAUUCGUCCAUUUUUCUUCCGCUUGCAAUUAGAGAACGUCAAAAGCGUAAACCAGAGGAGGAUCUACAAAAUGACAUUAAAGCAAAACUCCGCCGCAGUGUCGCAUCCUUGCGUGGUACUAAAAAGGAACCACUGGUGCCUUCCUUGAAAACUCAAGGAAUGAUAGACGAGGAUGAAAUGAAGGAAUUUUUAUCAUCAGACUUGAACCAGUUGGAGAUAUUAUCAAUGCCAGAACAUUAUCCCUUAAAAGCACAGUCUGUGUGUUCAUUGACCGAGCUUUACUAUUUGACCCAAACGCUAGCUUCAAAUAAGUUGCUUCCGGGCAGCCACAAAGCCUUAAUGACGGAGAACUAUGAGUUGGCAUUAUUGGAAGGAAAAGUAGCUGUUUUAUAUUCUCGAAUUGAGGAAUUAAAAAGACAAGGUAAAUGGUCCUCAAGACAACCUAAAAGAUAUAAUGAUCCAUUUAUUUACAAGUCCGGCAGGUCAAAUAAAUCCAAGCUUAUGUGGGACUAUGUAUUAGAAGAAGCUAAAUGGAUGGCAGAGGAUUUUCGAGAGGGAAACAAGUUUAAGAAGUAUUGUUGUGUAAUAAUCUCCCAAGCGGUAAAAGAUUACUGGACCCUUGGAAAGGAAGCAACGUGCGUCAGGAGAAAGGCCAUUCCACUUUUAUCUGAAACUUCUGAUAAUACGGCUGAUGAGGCGAGUAUAGCAGAUGUACCUUCAACAGCCACUACAAGUACAUCUGUCGAUCCGAAAUUGCUUAUUGAAGGUAAAGCUGAAGAAUCAGAGGACGUUGUGCAAAAGACAGUAUCUGACGUGUUUUCUACUUUAUCUGCCAAAACGAAUUCCACUGCAUUUAUCAAUCUUGAGGAGUUGAACAAACAUGCCAGAUCAAUCAUAAAAACUAUACCGAAUCACGUGGGACUCGAUUAUGGUAACAAGAGCAAAUCCAAGAUCAUAGAGCCGCAUGAACCACCUUUAACUGCUGUUUCCAAACUAUUCUUGCCUUUUGAGAAUGACCAAGACUGGCAUAAAGUUGUUUUGAGAAAGGGCAAUGUCGAAAAAUUAGACACUAACAGACUACACGAGUACCAAAAAGGAGUGUUUGGCCCUCAAGCACAUCGUAAAUUUCAUUACCUCAAGCCACCAAAACCGCCAUUGUUGGCAAAUAUCGAGCUUAGAUCUCCCACAAUUUGGCUGCCGGAAGAUGAUAAGAAGCUCAUACAUUAUGUUGCAGAAUUUUGUUUCAACUGGGACCUCAUUGCUGAACAUGUGCAGGCAGGCUCAUUUGCACCCAGUUUAAGGAAGUAUGAGUCGAAUGUAGAGAGAAGAACUCCGUGGCAAUGUUUUGAAAGGUACAUUCAACUUAAUCAAAAGUUUCAAUUCUCAGAUAUGAAAGGAAGUUAUGCGUUCCAUGCUCAGCAAUGGCUUGAACAAGCUCAUAAAACUCAACUGACAACAAAGAGACGUGUUUCUCCUCUUGGUGUUGGAUCUGAUUCUAUGCAGAGAGGGCAUCGGAGAUUGCGGUGGGCAUCUAUGUUUGAUGCUAUGCGCAAGGCCAUGAAGAAAAGAGAAAUUGCCUUAGCAAAGAUUAAUCACCGGAGGGGCACCACCGAUGCGCAGCAAAAUGUUCAACAAGGUGCAGUCGUUAAUGGCGACAAGCGUCCUAAUACUAGUAAGACCCCGACACCAGCAGAAUUGUCUAAGUUGAAGUAUGAAAGAGAUAAGUCGAUUCAGCAAAGUUCACGUACGCGUUUAAUGGCAGCUGUAGCUCAACAACAGCAGCAGCAGCAGCAACAACAACAACAACAACAACAACUACCACAACCACAACCACAGCACUCUCAAAUGCCCCAGCAACAGUUGCCUCCACAACAACAAAUUGCACAACAAAAAAUGCCGCAUCAGCAACAGGUCCAACAACAAAUGCAACAGCUGCAGCUGCAGCUGCAACCUACUCCUCAGCAACAUCACGCUCACGCUAUCCCAUUGCAACAACCUCGAAUCCCACCUCAGAGUCAACAAUUAGAUCAACGAGGUCAACCCAGCCAUCAACAACUUCAGCAAUUGCAACAGCAACAACAGCAGCAACAAAUCCAACAAUUGCAACAGCAGCAACAACUUCAACGGUUACAACAACAGCAACAACGUCAACAACUUCUGCUGCAGCCACUUCACACCCAACAAUCAUACACUCCCCAUCUGCAACUGCAGCUGCAGCUGCCUAUCCUACUGCAGCAACAGCCGUUACAACAACGCCCACAACAACAGCAUCAACAACUCCAUGUACAAAAUCUGCAGCAACAAGUACAGAAUCGCUUUCAGAAUCAGCCUCAGUUUCUACAAUCCAACUCACCCGAGUUUCAAUCUACGGCCCCUACACCGCGUCCAGAACAGAUUCUCCAAAGGGCUCAGCGUGCUGCAUUAAAUGGUUUAUCAUCACAAACACAGGCUACAGUGAGAGAUGCUCAGUUUUCUCCUAACCAAAUGAAGAUUCCUACAACCAAAGAUGGAAAACAGUUGACCACUGAACAGUUGCAUCAACUUUUGCAAAUGGAGAAACAAAGAAGGCUUUUGCAGCAACAACAGCAGCAGCAACAACAACAACAACAACAACAACAACAGCAACAGCAGCAAUUACAAAAUGUAGACUUUCAACAAUCUCCCAACAUGGGAAUUGCACCGCAACCGCUGGGACCAAUUUCGCCUCAAAUCCAUCAACAACAACUUCAAGCUAAUUUGAACAACACGGCGUUACCCAUGGGAUCGCCAAAUAUGCAAUACCUGCCAAACAAAGCCGAAGGUCCAAAGCCUGCUAUUUAUUACCAGAGACAAGUACAACAACCUAUGCCACAAGGACAGAAUGUCCUGCCUAGUCUUCAACAAAAGCCAUUGCAACAGCAAGUGCGCCAACAACGGCCUCGAAUCCAAUUCCCACCUGCACAGAUAUCAGCAAUCAUCAACUCAAUACAGACGCAAAACCCCACAUAUACAAAAGAGCAAGUGACAAAGUUGGCAGCUCAAUAUUUGAAUAGCCUCCAUCAGCAAGCUCAAAACAGAGCAAACAAAAAUGCUCAAGCACAAGUGCAGCAAGGUGGAGUGCCUUUGCAACAGGGUCAACAGUUUAGAGAUACCAGCACUGGAGGAAAUAAUAGUACAAGCGCUACUGCUAGUCCACAACUGAGCCAUACCCGUCCACAGAGUCAAAGUUGA